UCAACAACUACAGGCUUAGGAAGUCCUCAUAAGCCCUCCCAUUUCCUUCAGAAACCAGUUCUUACUCGGAGAAAAAGGAUUCUCUAGCUCAGAUUAGCUCGACAUGGGGGCUCUCGGCGGGAUCGCCGGCUUCCUUCUCGCCUGUCUUCUUCUUCUUCCGUCGGCCCGAUCUUUCUAUCUUCCCGGCGUCGCUCCUCGGGAUUUCCAGAGGGGAGAUGAACUUCAAGUGAAAGUUAAUAAGCUUUCAUCUACAAAGACGCAACUGCCUUAUGAGUAUUACUAUUUGGAAUAUUGCAAGCCUGAGAAAAUUGUAAAUAGCGCUGAAAAUCUUGGAGAGGUUUUGCGUGGAGAUCGCAUUGAGAACUCUUUCUACACAUUUAAAAUGAGGAUUGAUGAAACAUGCAAAAUUGUCUGUCGGCAAAGGCUUAGUACUGAAGGAGUGAAGAACUUCAAGGAGAAGAUUGAUGAUGAGUAUCGAGUAAACAUGAUAUUGGAUAAUCUCCCAGUUGCAGUUCCAAGGCAAAGAAGAGAUGGAAUCCAAGCACCUAGUUAUGAGCAUGGUUUCCGUGUCGGUUAUAAAGAUAUCCUAGUUGCCGGUACUAAAGACGAAAAGUAUUACAUCAACAAUCACUUGAGCUUCACGGUUAAGUACCAUAAAGAUGCUGAAUCAGAAGAUGCUCGAAUUGUUGGUUUUGAGGUUAUCCCAAGCAGCGUCCAUCAUGAGUUCAGUGAAGGUGAUGAUAAAAAUCUGAAAUUAUUAACCUGCAAUCCUAACACCAAAAUAGCUCCUGGUACUCAUGCUCCUCAGGAAGUCACCGCUGAUGCAGAUAUUGUCUUCACAUAUGAUGUCACCUUCCAGAGUAGCGAACUCAAAUGGGCGUCUCGUUGGGACACUUAUCUUCUCAUGAACGACGACCAAAUCCAUUGGUUCUCCAUCAUCAAUUCUUUGAUGAUCGUCCUCUUCCUCUCCGGUAUGGUCGCCAUGAUCAUGAUGAGGACUCUUUACAGAGAUAUAGCGAACUACAAUCAGUUGGAGACCCAAGACGAAGCCCAGGAAGAAACCGGCUGGAAAUUAGUCCAUGGCGAUGUUUUCCGUCCGCCGAUAAAGUCCGGUUUGCUUUGUGUUUAUGUUGGUACCGGAGUUCAGUUCCUCGGAAUGACCUUCGUUACCGUAAUCUUCGCGUUGCUCGGCUUCCUCUCUCCCUCCAACCGUGGCGGCCUGAUGACCGCCAUGGUCCUCCUCUGGGUUUUCAUGGGCCUCUUUGCUGGCUACGCCUCCGCCAGACUCCAUAAAAUGUUCAAAGGCACGGAAUGGAAGAAAAUCACCUUGAAAACUGCAUUCAUGUUCCCUGGCAUCGUCUUUGCCAUCUUCUUCGUCCUGAACGCUUUGAUCUGGGGCGAGAAGUCCUCCGGCGCGGUCCCAUUCGGGACCAUGUUCGCACUGGUCUUCCUCUGGUUUGGCAUAUCGGUUCCCCUCGUGUUCGUCGGGAGCUACCUGGGGUUCAAGAAGCCGGCCAUCGAAGACCCGGUGAAGACAAACAAGAUUCCAAGGCAGAUUCCGGAGCAGGCAUGGUACAUGCGGCCGGCAUUCUCGAUACUCAUCGGCGGCAUUCUCCCGUUCGGCGCCGUCUUCAUUGAGCUCUUCUUCAUCCUGACCUCAAUUUGGCUGAACCAGUUCUACUACAUCUUCGGCUUCCUCUUUCUGGUGUUCCUCAUCCUCAUCAUCACCUGUGGGGAGAUCACCAUUGUUCUGUGCUACUUUCAGCUGUGCAGUGAGGACUACCAUUGGUGGUGGAGGGCUUAUUUGACUUCAGGUUCUUCUGCGCUUUAUCUCUUUCUAUAUGCUGCAUUUUACUACUUCACAAAGCUGGAAAUUACAAAAUUGGUCUCUGGAAUAUUGUAUUUUGGGUACAUGUUGAUUGCUUCCUAUGCUUUCUUUGUGUUGACGGGGACUAUAGGGUUCUAUGCCUGCUAUUGGUUUGUGAGGAAGAUUUAUUCUUCAGUUAAGAUUGAUUGAGUGAGAGAAAAAAAAACUGGAAGGUGAUAAUUUUUUUUUGUUUGGGGGGUUUUUUGGAAGUAGUUUAUGUUAUGUAAUAUUUUGUUUGAAUGUUACAUGGAUUUGACAUUAAGGCCGUUUUCUAGGGUUUA